ACUAGGAUGACUAUUUGUUUCGUCUUUGGUUGUAACCACCAAGGGUUACAGAAAUCUUGUAAAAUGUUCAGAUUCCCACCGAAUCAAGCGUUGGCAAGGAGAUGGGAGAGACUCUGCAGACGCAAGGAUAGAUGUGUGAAUCCUAAUAUGGACAGGAUUUGCAGUUGCCAUUUCAAAGACGGCAUAAAGGGGAAUGGCCCUACACAGUUUCCCUGGAGUUCCGGGUUUGAUUUUCCAGACCCAAAUAAAAUUUCAAGAACUGUAAAAUCUGAGGAAGAAUAUGACAGUCAGAAGCAGUGUGUGAACACAGAUGAAAGCAGCACCUCUUCUGAUACAUGUGUCCCUGUGCUUCCUCCACAUGUAACUGACCACCCAUACCAGCUUUCAUUUCAACGGUUAACUGAGGAGCACAAGAAUUUGAAACUGCAAGUAAAAGAUUUAACAAGGCAGAUUCAGGCAAUGUCUACAAAAAGAGCUUUUACUUUGGAGGACAUAAUAGGAGAUGAAAGAAAGGUACGUUUCACACUAAAUAUCACUCAAUGUUUAGAAACAACUGCAAGUACUUUUAUUUGUCAUUGUCCCAGGGAAUUUUACUUUCAAAUCCAACAGAAUAUAUAUCCUUUAAAAUGCAGUUGAUUAUAGAUCUCAGUUUUCAAGCCCAUGAUACAAGUACAUUCAAAAUGUGACUCAAAGAACCCAUCAAAGCAAAACCAAUUUAAUUCCUUAUGCAUUUAUAUACUUGCUACAAAUUUUCUUUGGAACAAGAUGCUUUGUGGUUUAUCAUUUCAUUUUCAGUGUUUAAAAAUGAAAAUGGAUGGACUGCUGGACAGUUCUAUAAAUAUACAGACUGCUGGACAGUCCCAUAGAUAUACAGACUGCUGGACAGUUUCAAAGAUAUACUUCAUCUACCAAGGAUGUGGACUGUGGGCAGCUAGAAAUCAAAUAAUGAUUGAAAUAAUAUACUAAAUAAGAAAAAAAAUCAUGUUAUA